ACCGGGCGCGGCCGCCGCGGCGGGCGGAUGGGCAGAGCCCGGUGGGUUCGUGUUCUGGCGGAGGUUGGCUGUCCGCUGCAGGCUGCGCGACCGCCGCCCCGCGUCUGCAGGAGACCGCCGCGGACAAGCAGUUCAUGAUGUCAAUCAAAAAGGAAGGUGCCCACAAGAAAUGGGCUGCCUUGAAGGAGAAACUUGGGCCCCAGGAUACCGACCAGUCAGAGGCCAACCUGGAAAAUGCAGAGCCGGAGCUGUGCAUCCGCCUCCUGCAAAUGCCAUCAGUGGUGAACUACUCUGGGCUGAAGAAGCGUCUGGAGAGCAGUGAUGAUGCUUGGAUGGUCCAGUUCCUGGAGCUGUGCGGAUUGGACCUCCUCCUGGAGGCUCUGGACAGGCUGUCUGGCAGAGGGGUGGCCAGGAUUUCUGACGCCUUGCUACAGCUCACCUGCAUUAACUGUGUGAGAGCAGUCAUGAACUCCCACAGAGGCAUCGAAUACAUUGUGAGCAAUGAAGGCUACGUCAGAAAACUCUUCCAAGCGCUUGACACAACUAAUGUCAUGGUGAAAAAGCAAGUAUUUGAACUCCUGGCUGCGCUGUGCAUUUACUCAUCAGAUGGCCAUGGUUUGGCUUUGGAUGCCCUGGACCAUUACAAGAAUGUGAAGAACCAGCAGUAUCGAUUCAGUGUCAUAAUGAAUGAGCUGUCGAACACAGAUAAUGUGCCAUACAUGGUGACACUGCUGAGUGCUAUCAAUGCCAUCAUACUGGGGAAAGAAGACCUAAGAACAAGAACACAGAUCCGAAAUGAGUUCAUAGGUCUUCAGUUGUUGGAUAUUUUAGACAAGCUAAGAGACAUAGAGGAGGAGGAUCUGCUUAUCCAGUGUGAUACAUUUGAAGAGUUCAAGAUUGAAGAUGAUGAGGAAUUACUAAAGAUAUGUGAUGGGAUAAACAUGAAUGAUCACCAUGAGGUCUUUUCAUCUCUCUUCAAUAAAGUGAGCCGCUCCCCAGUCUCCAUCCAGCUGCUGUCCAUCCUGCAGAGCUUGCUCCACUUGGAACCGUCUCACCAAUCCAGCCUUCUGCUGUGGGAGUCAUUGGAUGCGGUAGUGAAUAGAGCCCUUUUGCUCGCCAAUGACAUCCAAGGAAACACAGUUGAAGAAGUAAUUGAGAGGCUGUUAUCUAUCAAGAAGCAUCCAAACAAGCAAAAACAAGCUGAAAAACAUCUUUCUGGGAAUGCAAAUGGAGGCAUCCAGACUCAACUAGAACCAUGCACGAGUGCAGUUCAGAGCCUGUUGGGAUCACCAAACCCCUGCACGACACCAGAAGCUUCCUCAGGGCCGCAAGCCUGUGAAAAGAAGACCUCAUCCUCACCACUCUCAGCCUGCUUCACCUCACCACAGACCUCUAACCCUCCACCCAACGCUGUUCCAGCCCCUCCACCCCCACCACCUCCACCCUUGCCAUCUGGCCCAGCAUCCAUGCCCCCCACAGCCUCCAUGAAUUCACCACCAGCCCCACCACUCCCUGGCAUCCCACCUCCACCCCCACUGCCUGGCUUGGGGGGAAUCCCACCUCCACCCCCACUGCCUGGCUUGGGGGGAAUCCCACCUCCACCUCCACUGCCUGGCAUGGGGGGCAUUCCAUCACCACCCCCAUUGUCUGGUACAGGGGGCAUCCCACCACCUCCACCACCAUUGCCUGGCAUGGCAGGAGAUCACAUAGAAGCUGUUGUAGCCUCCCAGAUCAGCUGCCCUCUCGGCUCCAUCAGGCCUCCAUACAAGGCAGUGAAGACACCAACGCUGAGAAUGAAGAAGCUAAACUGGCAGAAGCUGCCCUCCAACGUGGUGAGAGAAAGUCAUUCGAUGUGGGCUUCAGUGAGCAGCAGCAGCGAGGAAACCAUAGAGCCCAAUUACACAAGCAUUGAGCAGCUGUUUUGCUUUCCACAACCAACCCCUAAGGAGAAAACAGCCGCACCAGUGAAGGCAGAGCCGAAGGAGAUCACAUUUUUGGACUCCAAGAAAAGUCUCAAUUUGAACAUAUUUUUGAAGCAGUUUAAAUGCUCCAAUGAAGAGGUGGUUGCCAUGGUCCAGAAUGGAGAUCGGACCAAGUUUGAUGUUGAGGUUCUAAAGCAGCUGCUGAAGCUGCUGCCCGAAAAACAUGAGAUAGAAAACCUGAAGGCCUUCAAAGAAGAGAAGUCGAAGCUAGCAAACGCAGAUCAGUUUUAUCUUCUCCUCCUUCAAAUUCCCAGCUAUCAGCUACGGAUUGAAUGUAUGCUGAUCUGUGAAGAGACUACUGUUGUUCUGGAUAUGAUUCAGCCAAAAGCUGAAGCCAUCCGGAAAGCCUGCGAAGAUCUUCUGACCAGUCACCGUCUGCCUCUCUUUUGUAAACUGAUUCUCAAAGUUGGAAACUUUCUGAACUACGGAAGUCACACAGGUGAUGCCGAUGGGUUUAAAAUCAGCACUUUACUCAAACUAACAGAAACCAAAGCAAACCAAACCCGCAUUACGCUGCUUCACCAUAUCCUGGAGGAAGUAGAAAACAGCCACACAGACCUACUGGAACUGCCAGAGGACCUUGAAUAUGUUUCAAAAGCAGCAGGAAUUAAUCUUGAUAUUAUACGCUCAGAGUCCAGUGCCAAUUUAAAAAAGCUGCUGGAGCUCCAGCGAAAGGUCUCAUCAGCAAAUGACGAUGUGAAACAGCAGUAUGAGAAACCUAUCCAGGAUAGCAUUGAUGCUUCCAGAAAACUGGAAGAAGAUUUUGAAACCAUUGACAGGAAGAGAGAAGAACUUGCAAACUAUCUCUGUGAGGACCCCAGCAAGUUGUCCUUAGAGGAUGUAUUUAGCACCAUGAAGACUUUCAGAGAUCUCUUCAUCCGAGCCCUAAAGGAAAACAAAGACAGAAAGGAACAAGCUGCAAAAGCAGAGAAGAGGAAGAAACAGCUGGAAGAAGAAGAGGGGAAGAGACUGAAGGGAGAAAAUGGAAAAGUCGUUAAGAAGGGGUUGGUGAAGCAGGAGGAUGUUUGCGUCAUUGAUGCACUGCUGGCUGACAUAAGGAAAGGGUUCACACUGAGAAAGACGAAGAACAGACACGAGUCAGAUGCACUUCCUAAAGCCUCGCCUGCGGAGAUCCCAGAGGAGAGCCGGUCUGGAAAGAGCACUAAGGAUCUGCAAGCAGGAGGACAGCAGGUGGAUGAUAAAGCCAAGCAAAACAACGGUCAUCCCUCAGAAAGUACUCUGUCCUUGGCCGCUGUCCUACCAGAGAUGGGUAGAGAUGUUGGAGAUGUCUCAGCUCCAAACCAGGCAUUACCUGAAAAUAAUGCUGAAGGAAAUUUGCCGCCAGGGUCUAGGACAGAAGGCCCUUUGGUAAACUUAGUAGAAACUAAAGGAGAUGGGCAGGGUGAUGGGAUGGCAAGCCUCCAGCCAGGCCUGAGUAGUGGUGCCAUUUCCUUCUCUGCUGCUAACAUAGGUGCCAAUAUAACAUUUGUCAGCAGCAGCUCUGGUGCUGCUCUAAGAGAGCAGCUCAAUGGGUCCACCUCUGAAGAGCAGGACAACAAAUGCAGCUUGGAGAGCUGCAGGCCAGCUCAGGACAUCCAGCUGAGCCAGAAUGGAGGCAAUCCCAGCACUCCAUCCACUCCCUGUGAUGGUGCACAUCAGGCUGAGUUGAAAGAGAUGGCAAAGGAAAAUGAAGACCCUGGUACAGACUCACUGUUGGACACUUCCCAAGAGAAAUCCUUUUCGGAGGAGCCAGCCACCGACUCUUCUUGUUCGGCAACGCUGCCUCCAGGGGAAACGCACACUGACAGGGAAAAGCAGAGGACAUCUGGGAAACGGAGAAAGAAGAAGAGGCACAGCAAAAGCUACUCAGCAGAGAUUGAGACUGAUUCUGGAGAUUAUAAAACAAAAAAAGGUUGUGUGGUACAAUGAGGCAUCACAGCAAGGCAGAAGAAAUAACGGAGGCCCGGAGACAUGCUAACUCAUCCCCAGAGCACUGCCAGCCUCUCGGAAGCCAGGCUCUGCAUCACCAGAAGGCCUCCUGCCCUGACUGGACAUCGCACUCCUCCUGAUGCAGCCUUCCACCCUUUGCCCAAAGGCCCAAUGAGCCGCCAUGGAGGCUUCAGCACCCUCAGCCCGUGCCUUACGUGACCUGCGUUGUGCCCCGGGGGCGUCUGCGAGGUCAUGGUCCAGAUUGAUGCAGCAGCAGGGAAGGCACAGGCCUCUCAGCCUCCAUCCUAAUGCCCAACAUCCCUACCUGCUCUUAAGCCAAACUUCUCUUAACACAAUGGCAGAAUGCAGCCCAGCAUUCAACCCUCGGGAAAUUUUAAAAGUAGCAGUGCCUCAAGUAAAUUGAGGGUAUGAAUCCAGCAGUGGCCAUACCCUCACAGGGGGAAGCGUUAUCCCUCAUUUUAUUGCCCACAUUCAGUUUAUAUUCGGCGAGGACCAAGAUCCAAAAUGCAUUUGCGUUCUCAACCAUUUAAAGCAAGCAAAAUCAAUUACAAAAACAACAACAAAAGUAUGCAUUUUGGUCAACAUAUGGCUGUGUAAACAGCAUCUGGCUCCCACAUAACACUUAUGUGCAAUUAAGUUGAAGCAUGGCUGUGGUCCUGCAGUAAUCUCACAUGCACAGCUACAUACAUAAAAUUUGGAGAAGUAGGGCCCCAGUUCCUGUCAAAAGAAAAAAGUUUUCCAGGGUACUGUGUUAAACACAUUUUCAGCUCCUCCUUUAGUAAGUCUCCAGGUUUAAAUCCCAUUCUCAGCUGCCUGCACUCUUAAGUCUUUGCAUUCAAGCUGCAGAACAUGUAUUUUCUCAUUACUUUUGCUUUGAAACUGGGAAUGUGCAGUAUUGUGUUUUUAAAGAGUCAGAGCUUUAUGUCUCAAGUUUUGUAAUAACGUUGUACCAUAGUUUUGUACAUAGCUGUCAAUUUAAAAUGACCUAUGCUUGUUGAAUCUAUGGUGUGAUACUGUGCUGAAACAGGAAUCAAGCAGAAGAGAUUGUUAAAUUUAAGAACUAUGCCUUUAUAUGGUAACUAGACUAAAUGUUCAGGAUAAACGUUAUUUUGCUUUGCUCAAUAGGAAUAGCAACAUCCUUGCAACAUCGAAGACUUUACUGGACCAAGGUAAAGGUUAUGCCAAGAAUUAAAUCAGUGGUUUAUUUUAACCAAAGCAUUGUUACUGAGAAUUGAUAACAAAAGCAAAGAUGUGUUUGGAGUAGGUGCAUGAGCAGACUCAGCUCAGGAAGCCUUGCAGGGCAGGACAACUGCUUUGCAGCUGAAUUCACGUUCCUGGCUGGCAGAAGCAAGCUGCAAAACCACAUAACCCACCCCAGGUUUGACAUGUGAGACCACUGUGUCACAUUUAAAAAGUUUUCUCCUUUUUUUCUCCUCUAUUCCAGUCUCUGAGUGCAUCACCCAAGAAUCAGUUCUUCUUGCUGUCAUUAAUCAAGUUUCUCUUUCUCAUAUUAGACUCCAGUCUACAAAACUCCAACUAGCAAACAUUCUCCCAGCAGCUUUGCCUCCUCUGUGUUACCAGCAGGAGCCUGCAGCCCAGAUUCGCAGUGAGCAGCCAGCCUCCUCCAGCCCACCCUGCUGAUUUAUCGAUAGGAACAAAACUGCCGUCAAUAUUUGGGAACAAGCAAGGCUUUUUAGUGUUACCUGCCGAGGGCCUUCAAAGAGAGGGCAUUUAGCAUUAUACUCCCACUGCCUUCAAGCAUUUAUGGAGAAACUGGUAUUUUGAGCCACUGCUGGUUCUUUGUUCCGCAGCCAUUUUUGAAAACUAUAAUAAAUUGUCUGUUAAAAUCAAAUCCCAAUCAACAGAUCAAAGCACAGUAUUUAUAAUGUAUUACUCCAAAGCAGCUCUGCUUCCAUUACUGUGAUUAUUUAGCAAGAACUGGGGGAUGGAGUCAGAGCAACUCAAAGAAAGACGCUCAACUGGGAUGUGCAGUUUUGCUCUAUUUGUCACUUUAAAAAGUUCAUUUUUCAGUGUUUGUAAGACCAAAUCAGUUGCUGGUAAAAGCCAUGAAAUUUGCAGCUAUUUUAACAGGUAUGUGUUCGUUUAAGCUAACAGUGAGUUUGGACCUCAGAAGAGAAUUCCUGUGGUUAUAUUACAGCAAAUGCACAUGGAGUCCAUUACGUAAACCAGCCUGUGAGCACCUUAAGUUUCUAGCUGUCAAAUAACUGCAUAUUCCUCAAAUAAGCAUUGUUUGUAUGAUAAAAAUGAAGUUGUGGAUGAAAUCUGCAGAAUUUUUUUCCAAGUACUUCGCAUCAAAAUGUGGAUAUGUUUUAAAGGCUGGAAUUGGAAUUUCAGGGCUUUUUUGUUUUAAUUUCAUUACUGAAAAUAUUUCAAAAUUUAGAAUAAAAGAAGUCAAAGUA